UACCGUUUUGCUCGCCGUGGAAUAAUUAAACAAGAAGAGAGCCAAAAGCUCAAGAUAAAAUCGUAUUUUUAUUGCUUUUAGGGAUGUGUCAUACGUUAUGUGAAAUAUGCCGUGUGUAAAAAGUUAGCCCUUUAGUCGAAAGCAAUGCAAACUUUGGGCCCACUUCUGUAUUCAAUAGCCGACCAAACUUGUGGCAUGAUCUAUAAGUGCAAAAGUAAGCAAUAGGGGAAAGAAAGUUUCUUCCAUGUGGACCUGUACCAAAACAUCCACCAAUACAUUAUCCAUCAUCGGUGAUAAAUGUGCAGAAUUUUCGACUAUUGAACCGAAUAUCUAACAUGUUCCGAAAAAGGGUGUUUACAAAAGGCAGUGUUGAGUAGAGAGAGAAAAAAAAACAAAUAAAAAAACAAUGCUUGUGUUUGUUAGUGCGAGUGCGAAGAAAUAUUUUUAGCAGUGCAGCAUAUAACAAAAAAAAUAACGUAAAACAAAACACCACUUACAUCUGGAGCAGUAAUCAAUUGUACAUCCUUGCCAGUAUGUAUAAAAUUGAUGCGUAUGCGUAAUAUAGAGAUUGUCCAUGCGCUUUCCUUUAAAAUGAAGCAUCUUGAUUUACACACUUUGUUCCAAUAUCCAGCUCCGUUUCUACCUUGCUUACAACGGCAUGCAGCGAAUGGCAUUGAACAAAGUGAGGACUGUGUGUUGCAAAAGGUGUAUUUCGAUUGUUUCUCACAUGAGGAUCAGUGAAAAAGGGACGUUGUGUAGUCGUCAUUCAGGAAGCAAAAAUAUUUCAAAUCAACUGAAUUCCGUGAAUAUUAUGUAGUUUCGAUGGCACAAUCCAUACAUUCACAUGUGAAUUUCACGAAAUGUUUUGAAUAGCAGCGUGUGUUAAAACUUGAAAAUAUGUGACAUGUUAGAACUGCAAUUGGCGUACUGGGUUUUAUUCGUAGUGAAAAUACAUUUUUCAGAGCAAAAUAUUUCCCACUCUGAACGGAUCAGAUAAAUGUAAAUGUUGCUCCAAUGCUGCAUUAAUUAGGCUAAUGGUAAACACCUGCGAAAUUAAUCAAGAUGACUAAAAUGAUACGCUUACCAGUUGGCGGAGAUCAGGAACAGUCGCCACCGGAUUUAACCAGUGGGAAUGGCAUUCAGAGUGAAAAUAUAUGCACAGAGAUCCCGAGUCUGCGUGAGAGUGCACCGAAAUCCGCCAUCAAGAUGCAAGAAUCCUCUGCCAUAACAGCGCCAGCUGAAGUGGACUUAGUGGAGCAGGAUCUCCAAAAUCAACGCAGAACAUCGCACCGGUUGUUGACAGCUAAUCGUAACGAUGCGAUUGGCACUACUUCCACAAUAUCGUCGACACGGUCAGUGAGUGACCAGGGUAACAUGCGGAGCAGUGAACAAAGGAUUUCGUCGACAAGUGAUCCUUCCAGCACCGCAACCAGCAUUAUUUGCAGCUUGCCUCUUAACCGAUUGGAGUCCAUACUGGGAAUGUUAAGCGGAUUGAAAAAAAGCCCCAGUCACACCGCUGAUCUGGUAACAGCGAAUGCGGUUUCACGUGACCAAGAGCAAAACAAUAGCUCGCCCGCUGGUUCGGACAGUACGUACGAUGCACCGAACGAUAACAACUUAGUAUUUAAGGUGCUAUGCUUAUACUGUGACCGAAGUUUUACCAACCAAAAACUGAUGAUCAAACACACGGAUCGCAUUCAUCGAAUAGCGAAAGACCGGCGUAGCAGUACCCGUGUACUGUCGACCGCAUUGAAUGGGUCGGACGUUUCAUCAUGCUGCCACUUUUGCCAUAAGAGCAAAACGCUGAAUUUAAUGUCAGAAAAUUUGCCAGAACUGUUCCAGCACUUGAUCUCCGUACAUUCUGAUCGAUACUAUGCUUGCGAGUAUUGUACCAUACGUUUUCCAAGCGAUGAGGCACGGGAAGCGCAUAUGGAAGCUUUACAUCCAUCUACCAAUAGUGGCCGACCAAAGUCUAAAGCCGCACUUAAAGCCUUCAGUCACGGUCAAAACAGCUGUACUCUUCACCAUCCACAGCCAGUUGUCAGCGUUGUGAACUGCAAAACGUUCAAAACUAGUGGCGUUUCUCGAUCGGAAGCAACGGAACCGUUGCUGACGUUGGACCUCUGUUCCACAUCGAUGGAUCGUCUUGUUGUAAAUAAUAAUAGUGUAAACAAUAGCAGCACUAAGGGUGAAUCGGUUCAAAACAUUUGUUUACGGUCCUCGCUGCGCAAUGCUACUUCACAGGCAGUAGAAAAGGAUCCUACGAAUGGCAAGCCGAAAACCAAGGCCUUCAAAAAGUCAGAGCGAUUGCUAAGAAGGAAUUCGGAACCUAUGCUAUUGUCACGUCUGGGUAUUACACAGCACAGAUUACCUCGUCAAAGCCGUCGGUUACUGGCAGCAGCAUCAACCACUGCAAAUGCUUCCCUGUUAUCAUCUGAGACAUCAUCCGCAUCUUCUAUAUCAUCCACGUCCUCGGCCAUGGGUACAUGUAUAGGUAAAUUAACCACAAAGAAGAAAAGCCUGAUAUUGGCAAGCGAUGAAGUGCAACCGGUACAAAAUUGCUACAACAAAAUUACUAAAUUAAAAACGAUACGUUCGACACUGAGUACCAACUCGAUGAUGUCGAUCGCUGAUAGUACGAACAUCGAAACGACAGAUUCAGGCAAAGUGUUAGACAAAGCACCCGAAUGUACAACAAACGGUGGUGCUACAGUCACAUCUGCUGGACCAACUAGUGAAACCGUGGGUGGGUUUAUCAACCGUGGAACAAUGAAUAAUAAUUCCCUUACUGGUAAUAGUAUUUGGUGCAACAGUGCAGGCAGCAUUAGUAUCAAUGCAUCUAAUGGCAGCACAGCUAUGUUGGCAACGAACAAUGGACUAUUUGACGAAGAUUUCUACGAAACCGUUACACAAAACGUGAAAAACAAUCUUAGCUGCCACUUGGACGGAAAAUUGGAAGCAUCUACUCCCUAUGCACCGAGCCCGAUGAGUCCAGUCUCAGUUGUACCUGCAGUACGUUCCACUGUCGUCAAGAGUCCAGUGACAACUGAUCGUAAAAUACACGAAGCGACCAACCUUCCUACCCUUUCCGUAAUGUUUCCUACGUUGUUAACUGUAGAACAGUAUGGUACGGAUCUGAAGCCAACGACGAGCACUGCAAUGCUGGCUUCUGUUUCAUCCGUGUCGUCAGCAAAAACGAAGAAAACUGUUACAAAAAAUUCAUGGAAGUGGAAGUGGGACUUUGUGAAGAAAUACAAGUAUGUAAACGAAAAUGGACGAAUCGUGAAGAAAAUCAAACAACCAACAAUCGGACUUCGCGAUCUCUCUAAGCUGGACAUGUGGACACAAUUGACCAUGCGUACAAAGCAUGAGCUAUUUCAGCAUCGACGAUCGAACGAUGAUCAACGUCAGGUACAAGCAUCGUCCGCCACGCAAAGCGAUCCUUUUGCCAAAGAUGAACCGAUGAUAAUAGCGGAAGCAGGAGCCACUUUGCGUCAUGAAAAACGUGCCAUGGUUGAGCAAUUGGACCACAUACUCGAUGCACGGUUGUUACCACAUAUAGAUUUGGAACAGAAUGAUCAGCGCAUCAUCAAACUUGAACCAUCUGACGAACAUGUAACGAAAGAGGAAACGCCAUCGAAUCUAAGCGCAGAGCCAAUUGAUGACAAAGCCGAAAUCAAUGUAACACCAACGCAAUGUUCGACGCUCGUACCAUGGUCAAACCAUCCAAACACACAGUCCAAUAAUAUGGAGUUCCUGCACAAUCUACAGCUAAUACAACUAAACAGACACCAUAAAAAUGCACCUGUCGUGUUAAGCGGAGAAUGGGCCCGACCUAGGUGUUACAUUUGUUAUGGCUGUGGUGCGAAGUUUAACUCCCUGAAGCAAGUAGAAGAACACAGAAUCUUUAGACAUCCUCAUGUGCACUCUACCUUCUACGAGAUCGUUGGUCGUGAACUCAUCGAGAAACGCUUAUACAAGCAUUUUUUCAUCCCUGUUAUAGCACUGAUGAUGCAACAGAUGCAUUGCAUGCGAUCGGGCAAUCCCGAGCGAAUAAUGAACAGUGCCAUCAUGCAUGGCAUGAUUCCUCAACAUGCAGGAGUUUGUAGAAUCAACACUGUUACGGAAAUUAAAAACGAAGAUUCUUCGUCAAAUGAAGCUACCUCGUUUUCGACAUCAACCAGCGCCUCAUCGUCGUCGUCGUCGUCGUCGUCUCGACAUUCUACAAACACCACGGUGACUACUUUAAUGGAUACUUGCUCUGACACUAUUAAUGUUCUUACGCAGUGUUCCGCACUUGCAAUCGAUGAUGAGGACGUAGGAAACAGUGUCCGCUCAGUGAUAUGCAGCAAAUGUCAAAAGGAAUGCCAGAAUGAGAUCCUGCUGUAUGCACAUAUUCUGCACUGCUCGAAUGAUUAUGUGUGGUUACAAGCGAAAAAGCGUAUGAAGUACCGUCGUGCUAAACGAAGAAGAGGUGGCAAUCGGACUAUUGCUAGUUGUGCCCCUGCUAUGCUAACGAUACCUAGAAUGAUUCAACAUCAACCAAAUGCAGUCGAGAAGGUGGAAGCGAUAGGAUAUGUCUCAUCCGUAGAUGAAAAGCACAGUUUGAACGGGAUGGCCGCAUCUCAAUCAAGCUUAAACAACAUUAGCCUCAGCAGUAACAUCAGUAGCAGCAGCGACAGUACUUGUGGCAGCAGCAGUACCAGCAAUAACAGCUCCUUAAACAGCACUGAUCAUUCAAAAGUGAAUUCGAACCAAAAGGUUCGCAGAUCUCCCAAACCAAAGGAGAACGAUAGUGAUAUAGUGAAAAAGCUUCUGGCAAAUCUACCAGCAAAACGCAACUCACGUGAAACAAAUUCUCCAAAUUCGACACAAAUCAACAAGCGAUCAAAAGUGGUAGGAAGGAAGAAUUUUUGUUCUGCCACCGUAUCUGUUGCAUCUAAAUCGCGAGGCCACGGAACAAAACUUUCAUCUUUACCAAUGGGCGAAUCUGUCGUAACUCAACCAACACCAGAUAACACUGCUCCUGUUCACAAUGGUAACGAUAAUAAUAGUAAUAAGUCUUUGUCUACUUCCUCAAUAUCUACAACAACAAGGGAAAUAAUCUCACAUAGUACUGCUGCUACAAAAUUACGAACAAGACAAGGUUUGUCGUCGUCUUCUACUAGAGCCGUGCAUGUAUCGUCGAACAAGGCCCCAAAGACAUCUUUCAAAAAAACAUCUCCAUCCUCAGAGAAUACCGUGAGUGAUGCAAAUUACAAAAGAAGCUCCAAAGAAUCUGUGCUCAUUUCAGAUAAAGGUCCUGAGAUUAGAAAAAAAGAUAAUAUCAAAAGAGGAAAGCUUGUAGGGACGAUCAAUAAGAAUAAAAUGUUGAUGUGGAAGAAGGGACAAAAACGUCAGCUGGUAGGAGUAACGACGACCAACGGACAUCACCGAAUGUUGCGCAGCAGUGGUAAGCGCUUGCUUCCAUUAUCGGUUUCCAUUCGUCAACCAUCCUUAUCUUUGCGGUCAAUCAGACUUUCAACGCGUGGUAAAAAUGUCUUAAAUAAGAGAAAAGUGCUGAAAAAACAUAAGCCGUUGCCACCUGUAGCAAUAUUUCCAAGCGAAACGCUUGUUGAAAAAGAAUCUACAACGAUGGUGGCUAAGGAGGACACCAAUAAUGCUGCAACAGUAAUGACAUGUGAUGGGAGUAGUGGGUCGAUUCCUUCUAACAAAAUUGAUUCAUUUUUGGAAGUUGUAACGUUGGCGAAAGUUAAAGCCGUUAACUUAGCAGAAAGCGAGCGAGCGGAACCGAGCAGUGAAGCUACGGACAUGGAACAAACUGUUGAUAACAUGCAACCACUGGUCAGAUCUAGAAAUACAUCCACAUUAGUGGAUUUCCCACACAGUGCAACCCAGGUGACACCAAACCAGCCCAUAAAGAAGCAAUAUUCGAAAGAUCCACCUGCAACACCGACGAAAUGUGAUCCUACCCAAGCAGAAAAUGUACAACAGUCGUUGUCCUCAUAUUCUGGUGUUGCGGAACCUAACGAACUGAUGGGUAUAAGUGGCGGUCAAUCUGGAAACUGCAAACCCAGAAAGAAAAAGUUAAACGAUUGUAUCGCGAUGUUAACGGGUAAACUAUCACAACAGUUAGGAGUAGAUUUUUUUAACAAUGAGAAGAAAAUAGAAGAGGUAUCUCCAAAUGAAGCGUCUGCUUCUUCUUGCUCUACAUCAGAGCCCGAAAAGCUCGUAACGAAAAAUACGACCGCUAGCAGCUGUUCCGUAUCCUCUGAUGAAUGUUCGAGUUUCAUAAAGCGAAAAGAAGUUGUUUUGAUGAAGGAACAGAAUGUCCCUACACAUUCUUUGCUACCAGCAGUUGCGCCAAACAAUAAUUCUAAUACAUCUUCAUCUGUACAAGGCGACACUCUUGCAUCAUCCACACUGUCAGUUUGGGCGCAUGAAAAUCGUCAAGAUUUAACUGCUUUGCCACCACAAACAGCACCCAUUCGUCUGAAAACUGUCAAUAGCGUUCAAUCUUUAUCACCUAACCUAGCAACACCAUUGACAUUCGAUCGAUUAACAACUCAACUUGAAUUGGCAACCGAACAAAUCCUGGAUGAACCUUUAAACUUGUCCUUAAACAGCCCUAUAGGGCGAGGUGUGAUAAGAAAUCGCAAAGUGCAGUGGAAACAGGAUAAUGCUUGCAGUUUCGUAUACAAAUCAUUACAUUCACAACAAGAAUCCACAAUUUCGGCGAACUCCGCUACUACGCAACCAGUGCAUGCUCAUCGUUUACAGGGUGAAAAUAUAGUUACACAUUUUAAUCAUUUGCUCGGAUCCUCAACGCAUACAAACCACCAGAAAGUACGGAAACCAAAAUGUACGUCACCUCCAAUGACAGAUUCCGGAAGUACCAUUGCAUCAAAAAUGGGAGCAGGUAAUUUAUCGUCGUUAAAACUACCCCCGGGAUUAAUAAUAGAACGGGUUGAAUACAAGCAGUCUCGUCCAUCUAUUACAAAGGAAGUACCAUCUGUUACAAUUGUGGCUCGCCAGCGUCAAUUGCCGGUUCCAGAUCUAAUUCCAUCGAUAUCUGAAAAUAGCGCAACAGAUUUGACAAUAGAAAAACCGACACCGUUAAUGCACAGCUCAAACUUGAUGGCCUUUCCUAGUAAUUCUUCUAAUUUUGUAAGGCCUUUAACAAACAGCACCUCUGGACUUCACUCUGAUGCUAACCACGCGAAGAUCCUAGGAUAUGGUACCUAUUCCGAGCCAAAUGUUCUUACUCGCCGCUCUGAACCAACCACCGACAAUGUAGUACCAAUGUUACCUUCAGUUUUACGAACUGGUCCAUGUGCAGAAAAUCGAAUAUCCGUUACAAUUACCGAGUCUAACUCAACUGUUCACGAGCGAAUGCAGGAUGUACAGAAUCCAUCGGUUAGCGUUGAUUUGUCAACAACGUCUAAGAACGAUAAAACGGUUUCAUCAUACUGUUCACCGUUGCCAAAAUCACCGUUGGAUUCAGUGCAAAUAAGACCACCACAGCGAACAUCAGCCUCAGUUAUGCCAGCAUCGUUGCACAAAACAUCCAUCGGUGCAACAGGUCAUACACCCGGGUCUUCCGAAAAAACACCACCUCCCAUGACAACACUGAUUAUUCCACAAGUCCCUAUGCCACCGUUAUCGAGUCAGGGAAUGCACCCCAUAAAACGAGCCAGACGUAAAAGUGUGUUUGUACCAUUGCCUGUACCUACGGACGAAUCGAAUCGUGAUGUUAUGGCUAAACCAUUGAGACAACAACAUCCAAUCAUUCCCACGAUUGCAGCACCUCCAUCGACAUUGCCCGUCACUACUGGCAUAACUAGUGCUAAUCUGUUGGCGUCUAUGUCACUGUCGUUCAUUGCACCGGGUUUACUACCAGUGCCUGGGACAUCUAUGUUAGGACCAAUCGACAUGCAACGACUUGCUGCUGUAAGGCUUCCUGCACAUCUGCAACCACCUGUGAUUCCACCUUUAAAAAUUCCGGAUGCUGCAACUUCGGCCACAUUGCUAGAAAAAAUAUUUCAUCCAACACAUAGCGACGCACUAUCCACUGGGCUCGAAUUGAAAACAGACGCUCAUUGUAAUCAAGCUAAACAACCGCCAUCCCUUCAACCGGCUGCUGUGCGUUCACAUUUGUAUCACAACACCACUGAAGAGAAUGCACAAUUCAUUUCGUCUAGAACGGCAAAACCUCCAACGAUCAAUGGAUUCGUUAAUCAAUCAGAGCAAAUAGCAUCCAAAAUAAACGCACCUCCGCCAGGCAUCAGAAUAGACGGGAUUCGAACAACUGAUACUAAAAUCAUGAAAUCAAAUAAUUCUUCCGCAGCGAGUAAACCGAGCGGUCGCAUAAUGAAACGCAGAGCCUCCGUAGCGGACUUGCAAAGAAAAGCUUUGAUGGAACAAAUUUGGAAUCAGUCAAUUAUAGACAAAAUGAUGCAUGAAAAAGACGCAAGAAUUGUAGCCGGUCUAGAAGAGACACCGAAAGCAGUUGAAACGACGACUCCAACAGCAGAGACUGCAAUAGAAAAAUCCAGUAACAUAGAAAUAGUAAAUGAACCGACCACCGCGCACAAGGGAGAACAUUUAGCAGCAAUUUCAGAGGGACCACGGGUACAUUCGUCGGUUUCUAUCUGUGCAACAGAUGGAAAUAAAGCUGAACGGCAGCAUAAAAACGAAUGUUUGCUAGAAAUAGAUCCAAUGUCGACAGAAACAUCAGAAAACAUUAGCAAAACUUUAGUGCUGCACCAAAACGUCGAAGAGCAUAAUACUGUUGCUGUUGCACUAAACGUGCAGGGUGAAAUUGAAGCAAAACUGCAAAACACACAAAAUGAGAACAAUGUACAACUGCAGAACAAACCCGAAGAUUCUACCAUCCCAUUGAUGCAUACUGUCGAUAAGACAAAUGAUUCUAACACAACGAUUGGCGAAGGCCAUUGCGUUCAGGAGAUAGAUCCAUCAACAUCUUUAUUAACGAUUGAUAAUGCGGACACGAUUAAGACUGUGGACAAGGUUGAUGCAGCCUCAGAGGAUGGUUCGGUUGAUACAGCUGACUGUCAGGUAAACGUUGACACACAAAAGCCACCUUCGAAGAAGAUUGUUCGAAAGAGGAGAAAAAAUGAAUUAGCUUCAAUACUAUCGGACCAGCUGCUGGAAAGUUUUAAAGAGGUGGACAAAUCGAGAUUGGAUGAUCUAAAGCUGCUACAUGAUUUGACAUGUGAGACACCUGAUGUAAAGUUCACACUGGAACAAAUUCCACAGCUAGCGAAGCGCAAGUCUAACCCUCGACUCCCAGAGUUAGUAAUGCAAGAAACAUCAAAGGCUGCAACCUCACCAAACAUAACAACAAAAAAAGUACAGAACUCUAAACGACAUGCAAAAGAAAAGGAACUAACAGCACAGCCAACAGCUAAGGAAGUAAAAAACAAGCCAUCAUUUGACAGCGGCGAACCAUCCCCUAGUGAGGUGAAGGGUGUCCAGGUUCAAGAGAGGAAAGAACAUGGUAUUGUAAAUUCUAUCAACGAUACGAAAGACAAUUGUGCCCUUCAAAAACAUGCUUCCGAAAUGAAAGAAAGUGCCGAAGAUCUUGGAAAUACACCGGAACAAGGGUUGGCGAAUCAUAAAGCAACACGAUCAAAAACACAAACUACGUUCAGUGGUGAACAUGUCUCACACAACGCUCAAAGAAAAACUUUGACCCGCGCAACGAAUUCAGAGGUGAAUCCAGAUGUAGUAGCAAACGACCGAACUGCAGAUAUUACCAUCCCAGACCGUAAGAGCUUGCUACGUAAAUUGACUACAACACCGGCUGCUGAAAUACUGCAAUCUUGUGAGAAACAUAAUAUUACCAACAAAAUGGACGAUGCAGAGACUGCGAAUUCUCUACCGGGUAGUAAUAAUCGUUUAACGGAAACGAUGUCCCAUAAAAAUAUGGACACAACACCAACACCACCUUUUAUUGUAGCAAAGGCAGAGUCAAAUCCUCCAAAACGAAUUAUAUCUCGCCGUAAAUCUGUUUUUGUGGAUUGUGAUCUAGCCCAGUAUGUUGAACAAGAGGAAGAAAAACUGAAAAAGGCAUCAACGAAUGUUUCGUUCAAGGACGAUUUUAUGCUGACACCUAGGCGAGGUACGCGAAGCCAAGGCCAACUGGGAUUAGAUUUAGUGGAGAGCCUUGUGAAAGCGACUAUGAAGCCUCGUGAUCCUCGUAGACGAUUGUUGCAGAAACGUGAAGAAGAGCUUAGUGCUAGAGAAAACAAACUACAGUUACAAAUCAAGAACGACCCUCCAAUCCUAGUCGAAGAGCAAACGGAUCAAGUAGUGGAGAAACAAACGAAAAGCGCUGGAUCUAACAGUGUGGCUGUAAAAGAUAAACAGUUGAUUACGAACGUGGCUGACAGCUUAGUAGACACAAAUGUUAAAAAUGAUAAGGAUACCUUAUUUUCUAUCGGAACGCAAGAACAUGCCCCUCUGCGAAGAAUCAGUGCCAGGAGAGCUUCUUUAUGCGUGCGCCCAUUACCAGAUUCCAAAAAUGUUAAAGGAUAUCCAGGUACAAUGGCAGCAUUGCCGGAAGAUGAUCAUCUGCGUGACAUUGGCAAUGAAGUGAAGCGUAUCUACAAGCGUAGAGCCUCAAUUUAUCAACCAACACCCGAACUGCAACAGGAAGAUAAGAAUGCCGGUGGGGAGAAGCAAAUCAACCGUAAAGAGAGCCAAUCCCUAAAUGUAAAACCGGAAGAGGAAAACAUUUUUCUGGGGAAGAAAAAAGAGACGACAGCACAGAAAUCUCACAAUCGCCGUUCUAAAACACCAGGCCCUGGUGAUUGGAAGCGGCGCAAUCAGCUUCCGUUAAAUGGGACGUCAGAGCCUCUCAUAGAAUCGUUACUGCUCCAUGCCCCGGAUUCAGAAUCCAAUGCUCCAAAGCGAAGAACGACAAAAAAUAGCCAAAUUGCAGAAACAGUUUCAAAGUUGUUUAACAUACAGGAGGAAAUCAUGCUGAUUGACAGUUCAAGACGUAAACCAAGAAAAGUGAACCUUCCAUCCGUAUCAACACAGCCGGAAUUAUUCGUUCAGGAACAACAGAAAGAAACGUUAGCUGGCACAAAUGAAGACACCGGAAUAGAAAAAGGGAAUGAAACAGGUAAAGCAUUAUCAUCAUACGAACUGCCAUUGGUUGGUAAUGAAGUAAGCGAGAAAAAAUCACCACCACACAUGCCAAGAAAAUCAUUUUCUUUUUCCAACGACGAAGAUGAAUCGCCUAAAGCGAUAAAGAAACUGGUGGAAAAUAUCAUCAACAACACGACAAACUCAUCUAACGCUUCGACAGACUAUUCGGACGACGAUAACAUGUCGCUGGCUUGUUUCGCAGCCCGUAAUAAUGCACCUGUUGCUACUUUGGGACAAUCGACAGACUUGUUUGCGAAACCUCCUUCGAGUACGCCAGUACGUGCUAUGUCGGUCAUUGCAGACGACGAGAGUACCACUAACACAGAUGCCUUAGAUGAUGACAUGAUGAGUGUUACAACGGAAAUACCACCAUCGAGCAACGCGUCCAGAAUGGGCACGCGUCGUGUAAGAAGAAAACGUAGAAAGUCUAGGCGGCAGAAUAGCAAGAUCAAGCGGCAACAGACAAAGACACAGGAAGAUAAUGACAAACCAGUGCAAUCUUUCAAUUGUAAUCUCUGCCGAAAAAUGUUCAAAAAGCUUGACGCGUAUAACAAACAUCGGAUGACGCUCUCGCACAUCGCAAAGCUUUCGGAACAGGAAUACCUAGUGUCGCAACAGAAUCAAGAACGACGGGAAAACGAGUCUUUGCAUGUACCGAACGAAAAUAUACAGCUUCAACCAAAACCUGACGAUAACCGACGGACGGAAAAACGAGAUGAACCUAAUGCAAACAGUAUGGAUGCAGGACCUGAACUGCUUCCAAUUACACCUGACGGCAAUUUAGCAAUGGCAUCAUUGCAAAUGAAAAUGACAGAUAACAACAAGCUGCAUGAUAAUCAAUCCGUAAAGGAACUAAGUCAAGAGGAAAAACUCUUUUUCGAAUGUUGUUCGAUGCUGAAAGAGUCUAAUUCUGGCGAAAACGAUGAGUUGAAGCGUGUUACUGUUUCCUUGAAAGCAAACGAACUCGUAACUUCAACCAAUUCCAUCAGUCCGUGCGUAGUUCUUCCAGGUAAAUCAACCAAUGUGUCAGCUGCUGACGCUUCCGUUCAUUUGCCGCUAGUUGAACAAAACCAGACAAAUCCAGCGAGCACGACGUGCUGCGUGGAAGAGUUUGUUGCGACACAGGUCACAAAUAUACACCAACAAGAACAGGAAGUAACUUCUCCACAGAACCAUGAAGUGUUGCACGAAGCUGCAAAUUUUAUGGUACAACGGUAUGUAGUUGCAAAAGUAUCCUCACCACAUAACUCGAUAAAGUCAUCAUCGACUAUGCCUACCGCUACUACCAGUAAAAGUAUUAGUAGUAGUAGUAGUAGCAGUAGCAGCAACAGCAGUAAUAGUAGUACCAGUAGCAGUAGUGAUAGUAACACUGUCAGCAAGAAUAACGCCCAUAACGCAAAAAUUAAAACUAAAGGAGCCUUGAAAGGAUACGACAACUUCAAAGUUUCAAUACCAAUGACUGGUCUAACUGUGAUGUCAACUAACACAGCAAGUACAGUUGUCACCGUUGGCAAAGAAUCACGUUUAGACACGCUAGCAGAUGUCGCGCUGUGUGGAGACAUUCCAAAAGAGUUUGGCAUUGGAGUUCAAAGCCAUGAAAUAAAUGCUGCUACACUGGUCAGAGUGGAAGAGCGCGUUAGUACAUGCCAGGAAACCGUAGCUAGGUUUCCUGUGGCUGACACUGACAUGUUCAUAGACGGGAAAAAGCAUGUACAUGGUGUAAAAUUGUUAGAAAACAAUGAAAAAGACUGUAAUGCUGAGACGAACACUAAUUCCUCAAUAUCACGUGCUAGCGAGCAGAGCAAUGCAAAAUUCAUGACAUCGAAUAAGAUAGGCUGUGUAAAGAAUCGAGAAUGCUCCACCAAAUCACAAAACAAACCCUCGACCAGAUGGAUAACAGGAGGGCCGUAUCGAAGAAGAACGGAAAGAAACAAUCCUCCUGCGAAUGCAGAAGCAGCAUUACAAUGUGACCAUGCAUUUCCAUAUGAAGGGGAUGAUGUUUAUGCAUUCCAAGAUUCACCAUGCGACGGUGACCUACCUGCGACGUAUUCUUCAAAGAAAAAUAGUAAUACAAUGCACAAUCAAGGUAUGACGAAAAAUGAGGAAAGUAGUCAGCAACAACACAUAAAACAAAAUACCACGGUCACGACCGCACUGGAAGAACAUGACGAUAGUCAGAUGUCCAGCCUGAGCUUUUCCGAUCGAGAUGAUUUUGUUUACGGUACAAAUACAAUGAGCGAAGAGGAGGAAGAGGAAGAGGACAAAAACAGUAGCAUAAGCAGUGAACAGACCACACCGAAAAAGCUAACAAACGCAGAUGUUCAGAAAAAGAGUCUGAUUAUGGGUCGUAUCUUUAAAAAGGGUGGAGCAAAAGAUAAAUUUGUAGGAGAUGCGGGGGUACGAAAGAGUUCAACAACUUCACCUGAAACUCCAGUCGCAGAGGUACCGCAAAAAGCUGCAGGUAUGUCUGUAGUUGUUUCCAAACCGGCGACAACUCUUAAAUCAACUGUUAAAGACUUUGAUAAACUGUUCGACACGCUAAAAAAUGAUGCUGUGUCGGCAAAUGAACUGCAAAAUAACAAUGAAGCAGAGUCCGACGUACGACACGCAGCAUUCCCUGCAGAAGAAAUUCUUGUUGCUACAAUGGGUGUGAAGGACAAGCUAGCCGACUACCAAGCAAAUAAUUCCGAUCAUCCAUAUCAUCCUGGACCUAAAGAUUUCGGAACAAUCAAUACCGGUACAGAUCGUUUACGUCGACGAAGAGCUGGUCAACAAAAGAUACUCACGGAAACGUGGGAUUCGGACGAGUUUGAAGACUUUCAAACGGAUGACAUCAUGAGGUUGAUUGAUCGCACUGAAGAUGAUACAGUAAUCGACAAUACAUUGUCUAAGAAAAAGAUGCCGGUGCACAGGACAACAGAUGAAAAGGCCAAAUCGGGUAAUUUGGAGUGCAUAUCAACUGACAGCAUGAAGCAGUCAUCAUCGCUCAACGAUAUCUCCAACAACGAGAAUCAUAGAAUAGACCAAAUGUUGGAUAAGCAUGCUGGAUCGAAAAAGGGGAUACAUUCACUAUUCGAUAAGAAACCAUUAAAAUCCGACAAUACCACCGUUACGGAUGACACUAUUCGAAAAGUGAUGGAAAGCGUUAUAUUGGAAACCAUGGGUAAAAACAGUUCCAACAAGCGAAAACCAACAGCUGCAUUUGCUCCCACAUUGGGUACCGAUAGCUCGGCAGCUACCAACAGUAAAGCGCUUCGACUCUCGUCAAACAGUGAUGGCCAAGGAAUUAUUUCCUUGGCACCAACUGUUUCCACGGAAGAUGUUUCACUAGCAUUGGAAUUAACAUCGCUAGAAGAGCACACACUAGAAUCGAGCGUAGUCAUAUCUUCAAAAACGAUAACAAGCAAGUUCAAGCAAAAACUUAGUUCAUCAAUGCGCUAUAAUCUACCAGAACUUGAGAGUGCAUCUGAUCGUAACGUAAAAGAGCCCAUGUCAAUACAGUCAAAAUUAGCGACAAACACUACUAGCAUAUCUGACACAAAUUCUGGUACGAACACGAAGUUAGUGACUACCAGCAGUAAAAACAACAACAACAAUAAGAACAUCAAUAAUAAUAACAAUAAUAAAUUGUCAGUCAAAUCAUCGAAACCAGUUACGGGAACCAAGAACAAAGUAAAGCCAAAGUGUACAGAAGAAGAUUGGAUCGGUAAAACGCCUGUCUCGAGUGGUAAACAGCGCAAAGUGGCUACAAAAAAGAUGAAAAACAUUGCUUACGACCCUGAUAGCGACUAUGAGCAGAGCAUCAAAUGUAAGAAAGUAAAACGCAAAUUAUUAGAAAAUGACAUCGAAGCCAAUUUGCAGAUAGAACACCUUCAAUCGACACUGCUGAAUGCGGAAGAUAGUAGCAUACUACUAACGACACCGCGGCGCAAGCGUAACGCUGGAGAUAUGCUAUACUAUUGGUCAUCCAGUAGUGACGAGGAAAUAGAAAAGGAAGAAAAAACUGGUCGGACAAAAAGGCAUGGUGAUAUCACGAAAGAUCGUCGCCGUCACUGCAAGCCUAUAAACAACAAUAAUGUACCGGUAGGAAAGAAACGCGGUCGCAAGAAGAAGCAAACACAGUUAGCAAGCAUGAACUCCGUAGAACUCACAACUGAUGAUGCCAAAAAGCAGGAUGCGUCUGAAUCCGAAAAGGAUGAAACUAAAUCAAAGAGUACAUCAUUGGGCCAACCAACUACUGUUACGACGGAAACAUCGUUGACAGUGUUAUCAGCGAAAAAAUCAAGAACAAACACAUCAGCUACUGAUAAAAAGGUAGGCAUAGUACCUAAAACUAAGAAGCAACUUGAUAUGGAAAAGUCGGUACAGCUACAAACAUUACCAGUACAGACAGAGGAAGAAACAUGUGGUACCAGUAGUGAACAUCUACAACAGCAUGGCUGGAUAAUGGGUGACUCGCACAAAAAGCUUGUAACGAUGCUGGCACAUGCUAAGGGCAAACAUGAUAGUCGAAAACAGUCAACUAGCAAUCGAAAGAAAUGAAACAACACAAAACACACUAUCAAGCGUCCAGAGUAGGAAAAACGAUGUCGAUGGUGUACACAGCGUGGUCUAUAGCUGCACACGAUCAGUCCAUGCUGCAGUAGGACAAUUUCAAUCUCUUUAUGUUGCCAUUACUUAUAAUGUUAAGAAAGUUAUUGAAAAAAAUACUAUUUCGUUGUCGAAUGGUGAAACAUUGUGGUGCAUGUAGGGUUAACAGUUUUUGAACAGCUUGAAUUCCACAUUAAUCUUAGAUCACUCCGGGAACGUUGAAAUGAAGCAAAUGAAAAAAAAGAUAAACAGACAAAUUCCCGUGCUUUAAAACGCAUAAUGUGUGUUGAUAUUAAAGUAUCGAUUUUAUAGUGGAUUACAAGUAAUGCAACAUGUAGUGGAUUACAUCUAAUACAACAUGUAGGGGAUUACAUGUAAUACAACAUGUAGUGGAUUACAUGUAAUACAACAACACAUUAGUUACGCAUGACUUAAACGAAACAAACUUUAUUGUGUCUGUGGAGAGAAAAACUUUUCUUGUGCAAUCAAUAAUAACGAACAGAAAGAGUAAUUGUAAAACCCCUUAUGCUGAUAGCGAAAAUAAAAUAGUGUUGAAUGGUUAGAAGUAAGAUAAAAAAAAUAAUGCUAUCAACUACAAAACAAAACACGUGUUGCAUUUUAGGAAGAAACAAGCUUAAGGGGUUUCUUAUGAUUCUGUUCUACAUACUACUGACACAAUAGAUUGUACGCGCAAUUUUAAUUGUAGUAAAAUUGAUGAAUAGUAAUAGCAUCACAUCACGGUACUGCACGAAUUGCGAUUAAUUGUUGCUUUUGAACAAUAACAUCAAAUAUGUUUAAUACUGGUAGCAUACUUGUUUAGGCGAACCAAACGGUAUAAGGGGGAGCUGUCUUAAAAAUGGCGGUCAAAAUUGUAAAUUAUCCCUGUACACAAUACAGAGAAUUGAUAAACAAGUGUGCGGUGAACUAUACAUAGGAACUGACAAACGAGUUUGCGUGGUGAUCGAAUCUCUUGGACUUUCGAUAGAACCGUUGUAUACAGAUAAGAGAAUGUGCAUUCGUUUGAAAAACAACAACAAAUGAACAAGACUAACAUUAGCAAAAUUUCAUAAAGACAAUUGGUGUAGAAUUUCCAAUGUGACACACAUUUUUUUGUGUGGAGUUGGUGUAUGAUAACAUAUAGCAAGAGUUCGGAAUGUUUGAAACAUCAGUGAAACUUUUGUUAGCACCAGAUGUGGAACUCUCUGUGUUUGUUUCAUUUUUGUUGGAUUCCUUACUUUCUUCUCAAUAAAUGUACUAUUAAUUUUUGACAUUUCAUAGGGAAAAUGGUAUUACUUGUGAUGAACGUUAUGUAGAGAAGAAAUAAACUACAAAUGUUCCAGUUGCUGUGGUUUUUUUGGUAGUUCGAUUUUGUUUCUGGUUAUGCCACAGAAGUUCAGAAUAGGUACAACUAUCCUUCAGGAUGUCACCAAACCGAGAGUUACUAGCACUUGGGACAUUCACAGUAUUCAUGAAGGCACCAAGGUAUCAAGGUACAUUUUAUUUCUAACUGCUUUAGUUCGCAAUGUAAAGCAAAACGUACUUGCUGGCAUAUAUAUAUAUUGCUGCGAUGAGAAAUAUGUAUAAAAAAAUUAUCAAAAUACAUACCGUGUAAGAGACAAACUUAUUCAAAUCUUAUAACACUAAUUAUGGAAUAAAAUACAUGAGGUAUAUUUGUGCAUAAUUAACUAUACGUACGGGACAAAGUAUCGAAACAACAAGUAAACAGCAAUAUUUAAUGACAUGCGAUCUCACGAAGAACACAGAAUAUCGGAUGCAACAGAGGUAAAUAAAACGUUUCGCGCCCCCAUGCACAAGUGAAAAGGCUGAGGUGCAAAAGGUGCAAAGAUAGAUCACAAAAAACACGAUUUUAUACCAUAUUAAAAGGCAUAUAAAAGAAAUAGUUAUGGGAUGAGCGUCGCAUAGUAAGAGUGGUGCUGUAAUGGCUGUAAAACAAUAAUUUCUGAGUAUGUAAAAAACAAAAUCUAUUAAUUCAUACAAUCCUGCUGCUAAACGCACAUCGGCAAAUGUAGGUCUGAUGGAUGCACACAAUAAAGCAUAAGUUUUGCAACAAAAAAAAACAUCAAUAGAUGCAAAGAAAAAAGGAAAGGAAAGGUUAUUAGCGGCAUAUUAAUGUAGGUCUGCGUCUCUUUGAAGCUUUAUCAUUUUGGCGAGGACGGAAAUCAAGCUGCUAACUAUUGGACAAGCAAAAUAACAUCACACAGAUCUAUAUUGUAUGACUGCCAUAUAAACUUAAUUCACACGUCGAUAGUCCAAAAGUAAAAUAUCAUAAAUGUUCGUAUUGUGUUGAUUAGUUGGACCAGUCUUUGUAGCCAAAACGCCUGUUAUGCACAUUAUGCUGUGCUGCAACCGUCAAAGCCGUCUCUUCUAUGUGGUUUGCACGCAGCGCAUGUAUAUGAAAUUAAGCAUUAUUUGGGAGAUUGCCGUUUCGUUAUCAAUUAUUCUGAAAUGCAAAACCUGUUUAAGUUAAUGAGACACACUAAUGAGACACGCUACGGCCAAGAUGAAGGUUAGGUUCUACGUGCAUCAAUGAUUUCUGGUGGUUAAUUGAUAUGAUAACGGUGAAAUCAAACAUUAUAAAUAUUUUAUGGAAUGUGCAUGGUAUGAAUUGUUGAAAGGAAAGUGAUGAACAAACCCGUUAGAUAAUACUUACUGCUACAUGAAACUGUGCUCCCCAUAUUUCAGGUGAAUCCGCUAUCUUACGGGCCAAAUAAUGUUUAUUUCUAAAAAUCUCUUUGUUAUUUGCUAGCCGAUUCAUUUUCUCUGUUUACUAAAUGUAUUUUAGUGAUGAAUAAACAACUACU